AUGCUAUUCCCAGCGACUCCCGUCGCAGCCCUACGCAGAUCAGCACUAAGCAUCUCAAGGAGAUGUCAGACCUGCCGCCGUGGCUUGCUCACGUUGGCGAUCGAAACAUCAUGUGAUGACACGUCGGUAGCCAUCGUUGAGAAAACAAAGAAAGCGGCAGGAGACGCGGCCAAGAUUCAUUUCCUGGAAAAUAUCACUGCUGACACCCGCGCGCAUCGAGGCAUCCAUCCUAUCAUUGCCCUCGAAUCGCAUCAGGAACAUCUCGCAAACCUCGUCCAGAAAGCGCUCAAAUAUCUACCGGAGUCGAAGAUUGGUGAUGGACUUAAGCUAGCGGAUGGGUCGCGUCGCCGCAUACCUGACUUUAUAUCGGCUACAAGAGGCCCCGGUAUGCGGUCUAAUCUAUCCGUCGGUCUUGAUACUGGGAAGGCAUUGUCUGCCGCAUGGCAGAUCCCCAUGGUCGGGGUGCACCAUAUGCAGGCACAUUUAUUAACGCCCCGACUUGUUUCAUGCAUGGAGAAUGAGAAUGAGACCAGCGCCGAAACACAACUACCAACACCAACCAUUUCGCCCGAAUUUCCUUUUCUAUCCAUCCUCGUGUCUGGAGGCCAUACGAUCUUGGUCCACUCCACCGGCCUCACGGAGCAUAAGAUCAUAGCAAUAAGCGAGGAUAUAGCCAUAGGAGAGGCGCUGGACAAAUCAGCACGAGACAUCCUGCCCACGGAGCUAUUACAAGAAGCAAAAAGCACCAUGUACGGCAAGACGCUAGAGCAAUUUGUUUUCCCCGGAGGGAAAGCCGAUUUCAGCGAUUACAGAGCCCCGGAAACCCGCGGCCAGGAAUUGACUACUCGCCAAAACAAAUGGGGGUGGUAUAUCACCACGCCAUUUGCGAAUACGCGAACGCUACAGUUCAGCUUUUCUUCGGUGUCAAGCAUGGUUGGGAAGAUCAUUCAGAAGAAAGAUGGCGAGAUGUCCACCGAAGAACGAAUUGAUCUUGGCCGGGAAGCCAUGCGCGUGUCUUUUGAGCAUCUUGCUUCGCGGACUGUUAUGGCUCUUGAGAUGCUUCGGCCGCGUGGUACCGCUGACAGGGAUCAAGUCAAGACGCUCGUCGUCAGUGGUGGCGUUGCGGCGAAUCGGUUCCUCAUGGGGGUUCUUCGAUCCUUUUUGGAUGUGCGCGGGUUCCAGGAUAUCAAGGUUGUCGCGCCGCCUGUUAAAUUGUGUACUGAUAAUGCGGCUAUGAUUGGGUGGGCUGGGAUUGAGAUGUUCGAGGCUGGGUGGCGCUCUGAUUUGAGCGGUCGUCCUGUGCGAAAGUGGUCUCUUGAUCCGCAAGCUGAGGAUGGAGGGAUUCUCGGUCCUGCUGGUUGGUACCGGGUGUGA